GAGCUCUCAUUUCCUCCCAGCCUCGUGCGGGAAAUGGAUUUAAUUCUGACGGGAGGGCUGUGAGGAAGGAGCGCGAGCGCAGCCUUUUGUCACGGAGAAGCAGGUCUGUAAUUACCGCUGACGCGGAGAAGCCGCAGGGCUGGUGGGAUUCCAGGCAGCUCUGACAAGUGCGGGGCCGCAGGAUGGGGAGGAGACCUUGCUCGGCAGAUUAGCGGGGCGCGUUUGAACAGACCCCAAAAGGAAAAUCCGGCGGAACAAAAAAGGCCAACAGACCGCAGUGGGAGCCCAGAGAUGGAUCAGGUGCUGUGCAGGAGUUCCUGCCUCGAUGUCUGAAUUCCUGUAGAUGUGGUCAGCGUCCCUGACAGUGGAGCCGGGCACGCAGGCCGAGUGCUGAGAAGAGGUGGCCUGAGCAAGGCUGGUCCAGCCUCCUGAAUUCCAGAAGUGGAUUGUGAACCCAUCAGGAAAAUGAGUAGCGAGACCGUCCCGGAGGCUGCCUCCCCUCCGCCCUCCCAGGGGCAGCAGUACUUCGACCGCUUCUCUGAGGAGGACCCCGAAUACAUGCGUCUUCGCAACCGAGCCGCGGACCUGCGGCAGGACUUCAACCUGAUGGAGCAGAAGAAACGUGUCACCAUGAUUCUGCAGAGCCCGUCUUUCAGGGAGGAGCUGGAAGGCCUCAUCCAGGAGCAGAUGAAGAAGGGGAACAACUCCUCCAACAUCUGGGCCCUGCGGCAGAUCGCGGACUUCAUGGCCAGCACCUCCCAUGCAGUCUUCCCAACUUCUUCCAUGACCUUCUCCAUGAUGACACCCAUCAACGACCUCCACACAGCCGACUCCUUGAACCUAGCCAAGGGGGAGCGACUCAUGCGGUGCAAGAUCAGCAGUGUCUACCGACUCCUGGACCUUUAUGGCUGGGCACAGCUGAGUGACACCUAUGUCACGCUGAGAGUCAGCAAGGAGCAGGACCACUUCCUGAUUAGUCCAAAGGGAGUUUCUUGCAGUGAAGUCACAGCAUCCAGCUUGGUCAAGGUCAAUAUCCUGGGAGAGGUGGUGGAGAAGGGCAGCAGCUGCUUCCCAGUGGACACCACGGGCUUCUGUCUGCACUCGGCCAUCUACGCAGCCCGGCCCGAUGUGCGCUGCAUCAUCCACCUGCACACGCCAGCCACGGCAGCGGUGUCGGCUAUGAAGUGGGGCCUCCUGCCUGUCUCCCACAAUGCCCUGCUGGUGGGGGACAUGGCCUAUUAUGACUUCAAUGGUGAGAUGGAGCAGGAAGCAGAUCGGAUCAACCUGCAGAAGUGCCUUGGACCCACCUGCAAGAUCCUGGUGCUAAGAAACCACGGAGUGGUUGCUCUGGGUGACACUGUCGAGGAGGCGUUUUAUAAGGUCUUCCACCUGCAGGCUGCGUGUGAGGUGCAGGUAUCCGCUCUGUCCAGUGCAGGGGGUGUGGAGAACCUCAUCCUCCUGGAGCAAGAGAAGCACCGACCUCAUGAGGUGGGCUCCGUGCAGUGGGCAGGGAGCACCUUUGGACCCAUGCAGAAGAGCCGACUGGGAGAGCAUGAGUUUGAGGCCCUCAUGAGGAUGCUGGACAACCUGGGCUACAGAACAGGUUACACAUAUCGCUACCCCUUUGUUCAAGAGAAAACGAAACACAAAAGUGAGGUGGAGAUUCCCGCCACCGUCACAGCCUUCGUGUUUGAGGAGGACGGCGCGCCUGUGCCCACGCUGCGGCAGCACGCCCAGAAACAGCAGAAGGAGAAGACCCGCUGGCUGAACACUCCCAACACCUACCUGCGGGUCAACGUGACUGACGAGGUCCAGCGGAGCAUGGGCAGCCCCCGGCCCAAGACCACAUGGAUGAAGGCCGACGAGGUGGAGAAAUCCAGCAGCGGCAUGCCGAUCCGGAUCGAAAACCCAAACCAAUUUGUGCCUCUCUACACUGACCCUCAAGAAGUGCUGGACAUGAGGAACAAGAUUCGAGAGCAAAACCGACAAGACGUGAAGUCAGCGGGGCCUCAGUCCCAGCUCCUGGCGAGUGUCAUCGCUGAGAAGAGCCGAAGCCCGUCUACAGAGAGCCAGCUGAUGUCCAAGGGCGAUGCGGAUACCAAAGACGACUCAGAGGAGACGGUGCCCAACCCCUUCAGCCAACUCACUGACCAGGAACUGGAGGAGUACAAGAAAGAGGUGGAGAGGAAGAAGCUGGAACUCGAAGGAGAGAAGGAAACUGCACAGGAGCCUGGCUCACCUGUAAAGUCUGCUUCUCCAGCACAGAGUCCAGUGAAGUCAGACACCAAGAGCCCAGUGGUUUCCCCGUCCAAGUCUUUAGAGGAAGGUGCUAAGAAGACAGAAACAAGCAACGCCACCACAGAGCCCGACACAACACAGCCCGAAGGGGUGGUGGUCAACGGGAGGGAGGAGGAGCAGACCGCAGAGGAGAUUCUCAGCAAGGCCUUGAGCCAGAUGAGCACCAACGCCGACCCAGAUGUCGAUACCACCAAGGACAAAACUGAGUCAGUCACCAGCGGCCCCAUGUCCCCAGAGGGCUCACCUUCCAAGUCUCCCUCAAAGAAGAAAAAGAAAUUCCGAACCCCAUCCUUCCUGAAAAAGAGCAAAAAGAAGGAGAAAGUGGAAUCCUGAUUCGUGGCACCCUCAGGCACCCACCUGCACCCUCUCCCCUCCCCCUCCCCUUCUCCCAUCUCUGUCCCUGGAAGCACAGGGCCAAGGAGGGGUAGAAUAGGACCCUGGAUCACACUCUGAGGGGGAACUUAGAGCUUUCCCACCCAACCCCUCAUUUUACAAUCAUCCCAGAGAAAUCAGGUGACUCUACAAGGUUACACAGCGGGUUAGUGGCAGAAUUAGUGCUGGAGUUAGGUCCCCUGGUCCCUGGAGUCCAGUGCUCUUCCACUACACCACACUGCCUAGUUGUGGGCCACCUCUGAGGGCCGCUGCCCACUGAACUGAGCCCGGAGCAAGACCAGAGUGGGCCAAGCUCUCCCAGGCUCAGAGAAAUCAGGCUUCCCCUCAGGAAAGUCCUUUUCCUCAUGGGAAUCCAGUCUCCUACUGAUGGAGCUGCCACACAUUUAGGAAUCUCUGUUCUCUUUGCCAUGGGGCCCCUGCCCUGCGGCUCACAGUAACAGGACAAAUUGACCCGUCUCCUCCCACAGAAGUUAAUCUUUGUCCCCAAGGGCUGAUGGCUUAGCUUGUGCUUCCCCAACCACUAACCCCGAGCAAUCUUCAUGGAACCUCCUGAGUGAUGGAUGGAAGAAUGGUCAGUGUUCAGACAUAGGGCAAGCCAGCAGCCAUAGGAUGGGGGUUGUUUCAGCUACACGAGAAACCAGGAAGUUGACCCAUUGGAAGCAAGCAUCUCAGGCGCUUCAAUACUAAAACCAAAUUUAGCUUCAGAAAAAGUUGUCUCAUGCUCAGGACAGAAAUUUAAGGAAAUUUUGAGCCUCAGUUGGCUUUAGAUUGUACAAGGAGGAUCAAAACAGAACACGAAAAGCUACGUCUUUAUAGCUUUGCAUGACACAGAGCAAUGCAGAUCAACUUGCCUCAUUCCUGCUCAGUAGUCAGGUGGCCCCUGACCUUCCCUCAAACCCAGAAACACUGGCUUGUAGGCUGGAACUGGCACACUACCCCUUAGGAUGCCUUAGCGCCUAGACCCUUGGCCCUCGGGCUCCAACACAGUCACUCUGGAGCCCUUUGGGACUAGUCCUCUUGGACCAGCUAUCAGAGGAAUGCUUGGGCAUCCCAGGUCCUGUCACUGUCUAUCCUGGGGCCUGGCAAUUACGCAGCCAGUGUGUUAAAAUCAGCACUCUUUUCAUAUUCUUCCAUGGAGCAUUGGUUAAUCAGCAUCAUUGGCUUGUGGAAAUUAGACAAUCCAUUCUCUUUAAAGCACAGUGUCUUCAAAGAGUAUUUUCCUUUUUUGUCCUGAUUAUUGUAAAACUAUUUUUGAAAGUUCUUAAUCAUAGUUUUCCAUUUUUGAGCAUUUAUUGUAUAUAUAUAUAUAGAGAGAGAGAGAGAGAGAGAAAGAGAGACAAUGCAGGUUUUACAUACAUUGUAUCCUCCAACUCUUUUGUUAAUCCUGUGAUGUGGAUUAAGAUUAGCCCCACUUUUUGGGUAAGGAAAUUGAAGUUUAAAAGGAAAACUGGCUUGUUCCAGGUGACUUGGCUGGAAAGAUCCAGAGCCUGCUUUUGAACCCAGGUCAGCCUGAGUUCAGAACCUUCACCCUUAACAGCUCUGGUGAUCAGAAAACCAGAAAACUUUAAUCCCCAAGGGUAAGUGGUUUUGAUCCAGGGCCUAUUUCUGUAACUGGUCUCCCCUGCAUAAUGUCAGCACUAGAGAUGAAGCUAGGACGUCACUAGUGCAGGUUGAAUUAUGUGCCAAUAUGGACUGUGGUGAGGUCAGUGUGGACCUCUGACAAAGGAGAGGCAAGAACCUUCUAGUUCUGGGAGGAAAUACACCCAUAGCUGGACUAUUUCUUGGGAAAUAAGGAAACUGACAUUGACCAAGGAAAACCUAAUACUAAUGCCUAAUAGGAAUGCAGGUUUCUAACUACCACCCCAGGCCCUGUUCCACUUUCUGAUUAGAUCAAGCCUUACAAUGGACAGUCUAGUGGUCAGGGACACUGGUAACUCAGACAAGUCUGUGAUAUGGAAAUGUCUUUAAAAGCCAAUCCUUUGAUACCUUUUGAAAAACAGAUGUCCCAUCCAUUCAUCUCUUUACAGUGUCAGGCAUUUUACUGACCCUAAAAGAAAAAAAUCAUCGGCAAGCAAUGUUAAGUCGAGGCUGGAGUGCACACAACCACCAAUGCAGCUCUUUGUGUUUGUUUGAGUGGUUCUAGCUCAGAGGCGAUGCUGAUUGAUCCUGCCUUCAACAAGCUCCUCUACAGCAGUGAGGCCCAGUUUAGGUGGACGGGCAGAGCUUUGCUGAGGCCUCAUCCUUGGAAUUUCUGCCAUGGGUCCUUACUUUUAUCCAUUUGUUCCUUCCUCAUACAUUCAAAAACUGCAUGAGCUUAGGUCAAGGGCCAGACCUGAGGCAACAGAGCCCAUGCCCACAGGAAGGUCAUAAGCGUCAGAGGCAUUCUGUCAAGUCACAGCACAGACAAGGGCAUAGAAAAGGCACAGGAGAGCAAUGAUGUAUUGUGGUUGGGCCUGAGAAAACUUCCUGCAAGGAGUGAUGGCUGAAAUAUAUAUUUAUUUUAAGAUUUAUUUAUUUAUGCAUAUAGAACUGGGGUACAGGUCAGAAGUGCACGGGCA